AUGUAUUUAAUAAUUACCCCCGGGGCCCCCCGCCCCCCUCCGCCCCCGGGCGCCGCUCAGCGCCGCUCUUUCCGCAGAGUCCGCCUGCCCCCCCCGCCGCUCCCCCCGCACCGCGGCUCCUCCCGGACGGACAUCGUCCCCGGCGGUCCGGGCCCGGGGGGGGGCGGCGGGCGGGCGGUCCCGGUGCUGGCGGCGCUGCUCGGCCUCGGCGCGGCGCUGACCUACGGAGAACGGCGGCGGAGGGCCGCUCACGCCGCCGCCGCCGCCCCGUCGUACCCCCGGUACACGCGGGAGGAGGUGGGGCGGCACCGGAGCCCCGAGGAGCGCGUCUGGGUGACCCACGGCACCGACGUGUUCGACGUCACCGACUUCGUGGAGCUGCACCCGGGGGGGCCCGACAAAAUCAUGCUGGCGGCCGGAGGGGCUCUGGAGCCCUUCUGGGCGCUGUAUGCGGUGCACGGAGAACCGCACGUCCUGGAGCUGCUGCAGCAAUACAAGGUGGGCGAGCUCAGCCCCGACGAGGCACCGCCGGCCCCCGACGCCCAGGACCCCUUCGCCGGCGACCCCCCCCGCCACCCCGGGCUGCGCGUCAACAGCCAGAAGCCGUUCAACGCGGAGCCGCCGGCCGAGCUGCUGGCCGAGCGCUUCCUGACGCCCAACGAGCUUUUCUUCACCCGCAACCACCUCCCGGUUCCGGCGGUGGAGCCGAGCUCCUACCGGCUGCGGGUGGACGGUCCCGGCGGCCGCACGCUGUCGCUGUCUCUGGACGAGCUGCGGAGCCGCUUCCCCAAACACGAAGUGACGGCGACCCUGCAGUGCGCCGGGAACCGCCGCGCCGAGAUGAGCCGCGUGCGGCCCGUCAAAGGGCUGCCGUGGGACAUCGGUGCCAUCAGCACGGCGCGGUGGGGCGGAGCGAGGCUGCGGGACGUCCUGCUGCACGCCGGCUUCCCCGAGGAGCGCGAGGGCGAGUGGCACGUCUGCUUCGAAGGGUUGGAUGCCGACCCCGGGGGGGCUCCGUACGGAGCGUCCAUCCCUUACGGCCGUGCGCUCAGCCCCGCCGCGGACGUGCUGCUGGCUUACGAGAUGAACGGCACCGAGCUGCCCCGCGACCACGGCUUCCCGCUCCGCGUGGUGGUGCCCGGCGUGGUGGGCGCACGCAGCGUCAAGUGGCUGCGACGCGUGGCCGUGAGCCCGGCCGAGAGCCCCAGCCACUGGCAGCAGAACGACUACAAGGGCUUCUCCCCCUGCGUGGAUUGGGACACGGUGGAUUACCGCACGGCGCCCGCCAUCCAGGAGCUGCCGGUGCAGUCGGCCGUCACCCAGCCGCGGCCCGGAGCCGCGGUGCCACCGGGGGAGCUGACGGUGAAGGGUUACGCGUGGAGCGGGGGGGGGCGAGAGGUGGUGCGCGUGGACGUCUCGCUGGACGGCGGGCGCACGUGGAACGUGGCGCGGCUGGCGGGAGAGAAGGCCGCACCGGGACGGGCGUGGGCGUGGGCGCUGUGGGAGCUGACGGUGCCGGUGGCGGCGGGGACGGAGCUGGAGAUCGUCUGCAAAGCGGUGGACGGCAGCUACAACGUGCAGCCCGACAGCGUGGCGCCCAUCUGGAACCUGCGGGGGGUGCUGAGCAACGCCUGGCAUCGCGUCCGCGUCUCUGUGCAGGGCUGAUGGCCGCGUGGCACCGUCGUCCCACGGCAGCGUCGCCCCCGCGGCUCCGUCACCCCGUGGAGGCGGCCGUGCCGCUGCUGGCACGAAGGUCGCCGCUUUACGGCCCCUGAAAGUGAAAAGUGUGAAAGCGGCUCCAUAAAGAUUGCGCAGCUUUUAUGGA